AUGAGGGUUCUGCCUUCGGCUUUAAGCAUCGUUGCCUGGGCCACCAUUCAGGCGUCCGAAGCAAUCGGCCUGGAGAGGAGUUUCCUAAGCCUCUCCGCUCACGCAGUAAGCGGCUGGUAUUUGUUGUCUGAGAUGCUUCAAAGGAAUGACAAAUUUCUGCUGCUCCACGUGGGGGGUGUCUGGGAGGCUUCGGCUCAGGAGACGGCGACUCGUGAAUCUCUGCAGGAUGCUCUGGACGACUUUUGCCUCGUCGAAGCCGAGGCUGCUUGUAAGAGCGGCUUGAGCCACUACUGUAAUAUGCCUGUAUAUGCGAGAUACGACGGAAGAAGUAACAAUGUUAACAGCAAAGAAUGGCGCUGUUACACUGAGGACGCGCUUAACUUUGAAGUCGCUCGCGCAAGUUGCGUUGACACUUGUGGCAAACUGAAAAUGUGUCUUGGCGCAUACGGAGGCUCAUCGGCAUCUUAUUUAUCACGCCAUGGCAAGUUGUCCAGCCAGCUGGACGAAUUGAAGCCCAAAUAUUGUAGUGCCCCUGCGCCCACGCUUCAGGAAGCUUUGGACAGAAAGUGCGCUGGGUUUGGCGAAGAAGCAUGCAAGCAAGGACUAUGGGCAUACUGCAACGUUACAAUGUACGCGCGUUACGACGUCGGAACCGCAUCACAGAAGGCGCGGGAGUGGCGUUGCUAUGCACAGGAUGCGCUUGACUUCGAUAUCUCUGGCAGUGGCUGUGUGGACGACUGUGGGAACUUCACAUCGUGCCGUGGUGCGGUGAAUGGCACUUCGUCUACACACCUGUCCCGUGUAGGCCAGCUCACGGACUUCAUGAACAGCAACAGAGAUUUCUACUGCCUUUCGUCGACGGAGGAAGCGCCUGUUGAAUCCGAAGACGUGGACUCCGCUGAAGCGUCUGAGUCAACAACGCUGUCAUCCAAUCCCACCUCCAACCUCCAGUCAGCCUUGGACAAGGUUUGCGCUGAGGAGGGAAAGAAAGCCUGCGAACAAGGGCUGAAAGCCUACUGCGACGCUGA